AUUUCAUUCGUCAUUGCAGCAUGCCUAUGUUUGUUAUGUGCGUUUAGUGAGGGAACGUGUUCCGAAAGCUGUAAAAAAGGCCAUUUUCGCGUCUACAAUGAAAGCAAGGACUGUCACGUCUGCGAACCUUGUCCGGUAAAGAAUAUGCUAGGUAUUCUUUAAUAGGCAAUUUCCGAGUUGCCUCAAGUCUCUGUUUCAAAGCGAUGCUAAAUGCGAAGCCAUUGAUACAAAAUGUUUUUUUUAUCUGCCAAUUUCAUGUUCCCGUGACGCAAUUUGUCUUCCCCACAUUAUUUUGCAUAAGUUUUGUUUUCAGUUCACCAAGGGAUGAUUAGUCGCAAGAGAAAUUUACAACAAUAUUUGUGGGAAAAACAAAUUGCACGAUGGGGAAUGUCAGUGAAGGUCGCAACUGUCCUCGUGCAAAUAAAACUCAUUUUCACAACAAAGGUUGCACUUAGCCUCGUUUUGGAACUCGGAAAUCUUCUAACAAAUUUACUUUUUUACUUAAUUAUUACUACGAAAUGUUUUCCAUGCCACGAAAAAAGAAACUUUGAGCUCUCGAAAAAAAGAAGCAAACCCUAAACUCGCUCUAAGACCCCAUAAAGCCAGCAGUCGGGAGAGGAGACGCUCAUUGUUUGGUCACGCCGUUCUGUAUGCUUUGGCUUCUCUCACCGAAAUAAAGGUGUGGUUCAAUUUUGUCCUUGGACUAAAUUUUAUUUACCCUAGUUGCAAACCCUAAAUAAACUGCAGCUCCUUUAGAUUUCAUCCUUGAUGUUUACCCGCGGAUUUCAUAACCAAUUUCCUAACCCUACUGUGUUAAAACCUAGCUAAAGAUGUCCUCGCAUGUCUUUGGUUUUUACUGUAUUUGUUUCAUUUCUGCUUAAACAGCCUUCUACAUAUAUGGACAAAGAGAAUAACAGUACUAAAUGCCUGCCCUGCUUAGAAUGUAGUUCUCCAAAAGUUGCAAUUGUUGAGUGUAACUCGACUCAGAACAGAGAAUGUGGUUGCCCGCCCGGUAAAUUCUUCUAUGCGGAACUCCUCUUCUGUAGUAGAUGCUCAAAAUGUCCCGUGGGAGAGGGAGUGGUGACAGCGUGUACACCAACAAAUGACACGAAAUGUCAGCCGUGCCCAAAGGUAUGUAUUAUAUUAAACACUUAAAGACUGGUCCCUCGGGAACUUGAGUUGAUUUUGCCUCCCGAGAAUCUCAGUGUUUCCCAAGGCGGAGCCGUCGGAAACAUUUGAAGCUGGAAAUUCAUGAAACCAUCGUUAGCACGAGAAAAGGUAGAAAAAUAUUGAAGUCAACUUGUUUUAUGGGUAUUUGACUUUGUCACCAUCUUUAUAUGUUUUCAUGAUUAACUCUAAGGUUUGCCAAUCAUGUAAAGGCCAUUGUUGAGAGUACCCCGGGCUUUAAUAUAGCGCGAAAAAUGUUAAAUUUACUUUUUUUAUUUAGGGCACAUUUUCUGACGAAAAAAGUUUCGAGCAAAGAUGUAAGAAAUGUUCCAAAUGCAGGGCAUCUCGAAACGAAGUUUUAAAAGAAAACUGCAAUGCGUUCAGAGACACCAUCUGCCGCGAGAGAAUGACAAGUCAACCUACUGUGACGACCACACCAGGUGAGUAGGUAACCUGUGUCUUACCUUGUCGGUUCCUUUAACUCUUGAACGUACACGCAAAGUCAUACCCUCACCGUGGUACGACGGGAUGGGGGGGGGGGGGGUUGAUGCAUGAUGGAACCCUUCCCCAGAGUUUUUGAUAUGCUGCAUUAUUUUGUCAGUGGAAAGCCUUUGAUCUUCUAAACAAGAUGGGGUAUAUUUUAUGAGUAAUGGCGCUGCUCAAGAAUAGCAUCCCAUAGGGAUAAAAUUAAACUUAGCCUGUGUACAGUAGUCCCCUGAUUCUAAAUUUCCGACCAACAUCCCUUUUUCUUGAAAUCUACCGUAUAUGGGAGUAGUGCCACAGGAACCUCUCAAAUAGCUAAGCUGUUAUAUAUGAGUUUGUAUUAUAUCCAAACCGUUAUCUCGUUCUGAUGAUGAAUUCCUCUUUCAGACAGUUCAAAGACCACUCCGCCCAGUAAAGAAGAAGAACCUCAAGAACCUCAAGAACCUCAAGAACCUCAAGAACCUCAAGAAGCUCAAGGAGUCGUAAAAAGAACAAACAGAGAAACGUCCCCGCGAAGUGUUUAUUUAAUUCUUGGCAUCACCUUUGUUGGCCUUAUUCCAGCUGCCAUUAUUAGUGUUGCGUUGUUCUUCGCAAUGAAACGAAGGCGUGAAAGUGGAAAAAACGCAAAUUACCCUCCAGGUAAAGAACAGUAAAAGUCUCGAAAUUUCGUUUUAUCGAUCAGCUAAGGUUAAUAAUUAACGUGGCCAUCGUAACAGAUUAAGGCGGAAUCCAUCACGAAAUAUUGUAAUUUUAAUUUUCAGUGGACGAAAACCUUGUACCAGAAUAAUUUAAAGUAUCCCAUUCUUUUAUAAAUUUUUCAAGGGCUAUAGAUAUAAUUAACACAGAAAAAGAAAAUUUGUUAUGAGAGCGCGAGGAAAUAAAUGUCAAAUUUCACAUAAUGACAUCUUACAAAUGAAUUUUUCAGAAUUUUACAAGGUAAUUUUCUGACCUUUCUUUUCACAACUCUUGUGAAUUUUGACAUUUAUUUUCUCGGGCUCACAUGAGAAAUAGUCUUUGACGUUAUUACAGAUAACUAAUUUUAGUAAAAUCUAACUAGCGGUCUAUUAUCAAUGCUGCGUUCUGAUUGGUUGAGCUACUACUGGGCUGUAUGUUAUAUAGCCCACUAAUGGCCGGAAAAGCGCUGGCUUUGAAAACCAAAACAAUGGCGGCAAAAUCGCGUUUUGCUAGCUAAAGUUGUUUUGUCUCGAUAUUUUUGACCAACUAGUUAGAUUUUACUAAAACAAUUAUUCCUCUCGCCCUCAUGGCCUCUAAAUCAAUAGCCCAUUCGGGCUCGAGGAAUAAUUGUUAAAUAUCCAUAGCCCUUGAAAAAUGUAAAAAAGAAUAAAAAGUGGUCAAGACGACCCGUGGGCCAGCUGCAACGCAGGCCCUGCUGCCAUUACAGUCAGUGAAAAACCAAAUGUUUGUGUUUCUCUUCCCCACGGAAAAUCUACCCCAAGGGUAUUACAGUUAAACCCCCAUUGAGCGGCCACCCUCGGUUACCGGCAAUUGGCCCCUUUAUGGAGAUAUUGGAUGGUCAAUAGAUGUUCAACAUAAAUUAACAUGAUCUUUAUCGCUUUAUUUUGAAACGAACUUGCGACGGGAACUGCAUUACUGGUCCCUAAUUUCUUUAAAAAAAGCUCCUUAAAAGCACAUAAAAUGAUGAGCGAAAAUAUCCAAACCUUUGAAAAUAUUGUGGUCUGGCCCCAUUUAUCAAGCCCUGGUGCAACAAUGUCUCCUACAAACGUUGCAUGAUUGGCUUGUAAUCACAUUCGUACCAGCUGGGGAACGAGAAGAGGGUCAUGUGUGUGGGAGGGAGGGGGGGAAGAGGGGCGCGGCUGUGUUUUAUUGUAAGAUCAAAACCGAGGCCUUCAGGACAGAUAAAAAUUUUCCGGAGCACUACCCUCUUAUCACAAGCUACUGAUCAGUGCUCCCUCUCCCCUCCCCUGCCUCACGGUCUGGAGCAUAGACUCGUGCCUGCAAAACCAUGGGUUUACCGUCUUGGAAUGGUAUUUAUUCUCAGCACUGGCAAUACGUUUUACAAGGAUUUUUCAUUGUCGUAAUUUGCAGAAGAAAAAGGAAUCAGGAAGUACCAUCUUUCAAUUCCAAUGACACCUGUGUCAGGGACACCGAUACUAGCUCGUUACUCGCAGUGCGAAAAUAGCAAGAGUAAGUAGAGUAAUACCUUAUUGGAACUUUAUUUCGUGUUUUUCGAAAUUGUUAAAAAAUCGCGAAAUUUAAUUCCCAUAUGGAAAAUUCAAAUCACAGGGGGAAAAAAAGAUAAACAUGUACCAACAACGAUAUAUACAGGAAAUAUAUCGACAAAUACACCUUAACUGGUAAGUUUCAUUUUGUAUCUUCUGUUGUGAAAUAACGUACGUUAAUUCGCGAAUUCAGUAGGCAAGUAUGAAAAAGGGCAUUAAAUUUCGCGAUUCAAGUGUUCUCAAAUUUAUUUUAUUUUUCAAACGUCUGAAGUUUUUAAAAUGUCGACAUAAACUGGAACAAGCAAAAUGCUAAAGACCCCCGAAAUUAAAUAACAAUAAGGUAUCAUUUCGUUGCAGACAAGAUGCUUGUUCGGGACCUACCUGGAAAUGUGAUCAUCGAAUUAGGAAGACUCUUAAAUCCCAGGUCGUAUAACAACUGGGCAAAACUUGCAGGACGCCUGGGAUUCACAAACAACCAUGUCAAAAACUUCGAACUGGAGCCCGAGGAAGCGACGCAAUCUCUUUUGAGCGAGUGGAGUCAACAAGAUGGGUCGACUGUCGAUGUUCUCGUCAGAAUUUUAAAGGAAAUGAAACGAGACGACUGUGUCCAAGUCCUGCAAGAAAAUAAUAACAAAACC